UUUCUAACUUUCCAGGCAGAUGAUGACAGGGGCUUGUCUCUGAGCCUUGAAUCGAUUGGCUGGUUCUUGAAACCCGGAGGUGUUUUUAAGCAAGCUAUUCUGGGAAAGUAUUUUGCGAAGAGUUUAAUCUGUGUGAUCGGACUACAUGUUCAUUAAAACAAGACAAUAGCUGUUGCGCUACAGAGCUCCAGCUCUAACGUCCAAAAUGCAUAGAUGUGCAAUAUCCGUGGGUUUAAUCAACAAGUCAACGAACAUCCGCGGCCCUUGGAGAAAUAUUAGCAUUCAAAGUAAGGUUUUGACAGGAAAACUACCAAUUCAACGACAUGCUUAUAAAAAUCAAAAUACUUUUGUUUCGACUCGGGAAUUGAGAGGUUCUUCAGUGUCUGCCUCUUCAAGACAGAUCGACCGAAUAUUGCCUAGACAUGAUGAUUUUGUCCAAAGGCACAUUGGACCCAGUGAGAAAGAGAAAGGAGAGAUGCUUUACGCUCUCGGACUAGAGACAGUUGACGAACUUAUUGAAAAAACUAUUCCGUCUUCUAUCCGUUUACAAAGAAGUUUGAAAAUGGAUGACCCGAUUUGUGAGAAUGAAAUUCUGCAAUCACUGCACAGCAUUGCCAGCCAGAACAAGCUGUGGAGGACGUACAUUGGAAUGGGCUAUUAUAAUUGCUCCGUACCACCAGCUAUACAGAGGAACCUACUGGAAAACUCAGGAUGGGUGACCCAGUACACACCGUACCAGCCAGAGGUGGCCCAGGGACGUCUGGAGAGCCUGCUCAACUACCAGACCAUGGUGUGCGACCUGACCGGCCUGGCCGUGGCCAACGCCUCUCUGCUGGACGAAGGCACAGCGGCCGCUGAGGCUAUGCAGCUGUGCCACAGAAAAAAUAAGAGAAGGACCUUCUAUAUUGACCCUCGUUGCCACCCACAGACGAUCGCUGUAGUGCAGACAAGAGCCAGGCACAUUGGUGUGAAGACAGAGCUGAAGUUGCCUGAUGAGAUGGAUUUCAGUGUGAAGGAUGUGAGUGGUGUACUCUUCCAGUAUCCGGAUACAGAGGGCGGAGUGCAUGACUUCACUGGGCUGGUGGACCGUGUCCACAAAGCUGGGGCCCUGGCAUGCUGCGCCACUGACCUGUUGGCCUUGUGCAUGCUGCGCCCGCCGGGCGAUUUUGGGGUAGACAUCGCUCUGGGCAGCUCGCAGAGGUUUGGGGUUCCUCUCUCUUAUGGAGGACCUCACGCUGCCUUCUUCUCUGUGAAAGAACCACUGGUCCGCAUGAUGCCAGGCAGGAUGGUUGGAGUCACCAGAGAUGCAGCUGGGAAGGAGGUGUACCGUCUGGCCCUUCAGACUCGAGAGCAGCACAUCCGCAGAGACAAAGCCACCAGCAACAUCUGCACUGCGCAGGCUCUUCUUGCAAAUAUGGCUGCCAUGUUUGGGGUGUACCAUGGCCCACAAGGUCUGAAGCAUAUUGCUAAUAGGACACACAAUGCUACCCUGAUCUUGGCUGAAGGACUGAAGCGAGCAGGACACACCCUCCAGCAUGAGGUGUUCUUCGACACACUCAAGAUCCACUGUGGCACAACUGCCAAAGAUGUACUGGAGAGAGCAAAGCAGAGGAACAUCAACCUCCGAAUCUACGGCGACGAAAUGUUGGGCAUAUCUCUGGAUGAGACUGUGACAGAGACAGAUUUGGAUGAUCUGCUGUGGGUGGUUGGGUGUGAUUCCUCAUCUGAACUGAUCGCUGAGAAAAUGAAUGGUAGUGUAAAAGGCAUUCUGGGAACAUCUUUCAAGAGGACCUCCGAAUAUCUCUCACACCCAGUGUUCAACAGUUAUAACUCUGAGACGAACAUUGUUCGCUACAUGAAGCGGCUGGAAAACAAAGAUAUUUCUCUUGUACACAGUAUGAUCCCACUGGGUUCCUGCACAAUGAAACUGAACAGUUCGACUGAACUUAUGCCAAUCACAUGGAGGGAAUUUUCCAGUAUCCACCCCUUUGUGCCCCUGGACCAGGCACAGGGCUACCAGCAGCUCUUCAGACAGCUAGAGAGAGAUCUGUGUGAAAUAACUGGAUAUGAUGCUAUCUCCCUCCAGCCCAACAGUGGGGCCCAGGGUGAAUAUGCUGGUCUAGCUGCGAUCAAAACAUACCUGAACUUUAAAGGGGAGGGACACAGAACAGUUUGUCUGAUUCCUAAGUCAGCCCAUGGGACUAACCCCGCCAGUGCUCAGAUGGUUGGGAUGAAUGUCCAGGUGGUGGAGUCAGAUCGGGGUGGCAACAUUGAUAUGGCACACUUAAAGGUCAUGGUGGACAAACACAAGGCUAACUUGGCAGCUAUAAUGGUCACAUAUCCCUCUACCAGUGGUGUGUUUGAGGAGAACAUCAGCGAUGUGUGUGAGCUUAUCCACCAGCACGGGGGCCAAGUCUACCUUGAUGGAGCCAACAUGAAUGCACAGGUAGGGUUCUGCCGCCCAGGAGAUUACGGAGCAGACGUCUCCCAUUUAAACCUGCACAAAACCUUCUGCAUUCCCCAUGGAGGUGGGGGCCCAGGGAUGGGGCCUAUUGGCGUAAAGCAGCACCUUGUGCCUUUCCUGCCGUGCCACCCUGUAGUCACGCUGAACCCUGACAACGCUGCAACCUCCCAGGGCACCGUCAGUGCUGCGCCUUGGGGCUCCAGUGCCAUCCUGCCCAUCUCCUGGGCCUACAUCAAGAUGAUGGGGGCAAAGGGACUGAGGCAUGCCACAGAAAUGGCCAUUCUGAAUGCUAACUACAUGGCCAAGAGGCUGGAGAAUCAUUAUAAAGUUCUUUUCAGAGGCAAGAGAGGUUUUGUUGCUCAUGAGUUCAUUCUUGAUGUGAGACCAUUUAAGAAGACCGCAAAUAUCGAAGCUGUGGACGUGGCAAAGAGGCUACAGGAUUACGGCUUCCACGCCCCCACUGUGUCGUGGCCGGUGGCGGGAACCCUGAUGAUCGAGCCAACAGAGUCGGAGGACAAGGCAGAGAUGGACCGCUUCUGUGAUGCCCUGGUGAGGAUACGGCAGGAGAUCGCGGACAUCGAGGAGGGAAGGAUGGACGUGGCGAUCAACCCGCUGAAGAUGGCGCCUCAUUCGCUGGCUUGUGUUGCCUCCUCUGACUGGGACAGGCCCUACUCAAGGGAGUGUGCUGCCUUCCCCCUGCCAUUCAUCAAACCAGAAAACAAGUUUUGGCCAUCGAUCUCCAGGAUUGACGAAGUUUAUGGUGACCAGAACCUAAUAUGCACCUGCCCUCCAUUAGAUAUGUAUGAAUCUCCUUUUGAAGAAAAGAUGGCCUCAUCAUAACAUGAUAGGGCUGAUGUAUGUUUUAUGUUUGUAGCUGUUAAAAUCCAGCACAAUGAUAAUGACCUUUUUCUUCUGAUCACAGCACAUGGUAUGCAUAUAUUAUCGUACAUAUUGUACAUUUGCCUUGGAAUUCCCCUUUAAAGUUUUGUAUUGGCAAUUUAUUUUUCUUGUAUGAUGAUAGCAUGGAAUAUUGCUUAAAUUUCAGGUCACUAAUUUAUUGUGAGGG